CGCAUCUUAUUACAAAAAGACCAUCCUAAGGCAGGCAGGACAAACGUCUUGGAAUGGAAGGGUGAAUAAUUUGACUUGUUAGCUGUCAAUCACAGUGGAAAUAUACAUUUAUUUCUGUAGUACGCAGUAAUUUAUCAUUAUAUAUAGUGCGGUUAAAACAUUAUGUGUGAAUUCUACCAUGUGUACACUAAAUUUGGAAACAAAUAAUGGGAAAAUAGGCUAAAAAUAUUUAAAUGUACUUUGUAUGAAUGGAUUGAAAUGCACUCGCAUGGAUCAGAUUUCGUGUGUACACAACAAUGAGUCUUUAAGGAUAUUUUAAGGAGUUUUAGUGUGUGACAAAUUCUACGGUAAUUUGAUAUUUUGAAUAAAAAUGGAUUUCUUCUUUGACUUGUUUGACUCUGAAAAGAAAAGAAAAGCACAGCUUCAACAACAACAACAAAACCAGGAACAAAUUCGGAAUAGAACUGGGAGUGGAGGAGAACUACCCCCUCUCAGGAGAGACAGGGGUUACAGAACUUUUAGUUUAAGAAAGUAUGAUCAGCGUGAAACCAAUAGAAUUCGUGAUGAACGUUUGAAAAGAGAACUUCAUCGCCUCUACUUGUGGGACAUCAAAGAAUUUUUAACAAAAGCCAAGGAAGAUUUCACACAGAAAUGGGAUCACCCACAAAUGAACACUGCCUGUCUAGAUGACUUUGACAGAAUAAAGACUCUUGGAACAGGGUCCUUUGGAAGGGUAAUGCUAGUCCAGCACAAAGCAAACAAAAAUUAUUAUGCCAUGAAAAUAUUAGAUAAACAGAAAGUUGUUAAAUUAAAACAAGUAGAACAUACACUAAAUGAGAAGAGGAUAUUACAAGCUAUUAGUUUUCCAUUCCUUGUGAGCUUAGAAUAUCAUUUUAAGGACAACUCAAAUUUAUAUAUGGUAUUGGAAUUUGUCACUGGAGGAGAAAUGUUCUCACAUUUGCGACGUAUAGGAAGGUUCAGUGAGCAUCAUUCCAGGUUUUAUGCUGCACAAAUUGUGUUGGUUUUGGAAUACUUGCAUCAUUUGGAUAUUAUGUACCGUGAUUUAAAACCAGAGAAUUUACUAGUUGAUACGAUGGGCUAUCUGAAGGUGACAGAUUUUGGCUUCGCAAAGAGAGUAAAGGGAAGAACAUGGACAUUAUGUGGUACUCCAGAAUAUUUGGCACCUGAAAUUAUUCUUAGCAAGGGUUAUAACAAAGCAGUUGAUUGGUGGGCAUUAGGAGUUCUAGUCUAUGAAAUGGCAGCAGGUUAUCCACCAUUCUUCGCAGAUCAACCCAUCCAAAUCUAUGAGAAAAUUGUCUCCGGAAAGGUUCGAUUUCCAUCCCACUUUAGUUCAGAUUUAAAAGAUCUAUUGAGGUCAUUACUACAAGUCGAUUUGACCAAACGUUUUGGAAAUCUGAAAAAUGGUGUUAAUGAUAUCAAAAACCACAAAUGGUUUCAGUCUACAGACUGGAUAGCAAUAUAUCAAAGAAAGGUUGAUGCCCCAUUUAUACCUAAAUGCAAAGGACCCGGAGAUGCCAGUAAUUUUGAUGACUAUGAAGAAGAACCACUCAGGAUUUCAUCUACAGAAAAAUGUGCAAAAGAGUUUGCUGAUUUUUAAGAGUUCAUUUAACAAUGGAGAGGUGUCAUGUGGGUCAUUACAAAUUACACAAGUCAUGCUGGAGAGGGAAUGAACGAACAUUUAUCAUUAAUAUCUGUUUAGAUCUCAUCCAGUUUUACCCCCACAUGUGCAAUAUUGAGUGAUCAAUGUUAGGUUGUGUGUAUGUUAUAUCAUCUGGAGCAGUAGAACGUUCUGUGAUGUUACUGCCAAUCUUAACAGCAUUAUAUAAAACCUUGUAGGAUGCUGAUAGCCAGGAAUGAUUACGGACAAAUUUUAGGCUUAUUACAGCUGCUGCUUUACAAAAGAAAAUGAUGUUCAUGUGUAGUUCCAUGUCUGAUUUGUAUUAGUGAAUGGUUUACAGAUAUUUGUUUUAUGUGUAUAGCCUUGAACGUGGCAAGAAGAACUUGCUACAUGUAUAAAUACAGCUGGUUUUUAACUGACAGGAAAAUCUCAAAAGAAUUUCAAUUUUUUAAAAGCAAAACAGGAAUUAUGUAUGGCAUGGUAUUAUUGUGGCUAGUAUUUCUAGGAAUUUGUAUGACAUCCGUUUUAGUGAAUUGUCGGCUAAUGUUUAUAUCAAGUAGGAUAAAUUUGUAUUGUUCUUUUGUCAGUAAAAUACGGCAAACACCAGUGCUGAUUGAAUAGUUCAUCUAGGGUCAUAUGUAUUCAUAAUCUUAAUUCUUGGCAAUUUUCAAAAUUGAUCAACUAAUUGAUUCUAUUUCAUGUUUCAUUGUGUAAUAGUGAUUAUUUAUCACUACAUACUUUUACUUCUAGUGGAGGAUAAAAAACUCCAUUUUGUUGACUAUUUAAAGAUAUUAUUUUAUUUUUAGUUUACAUGAGCGUAGAAAUGUAUAUGAUGUUUACAGUUUUUACUAUGUAGAGUUUGUUUAUAUUUUGUUAAGAUUUGUCUAUCUAAUUACAUUACAUGUAUAUGUCUAGUGGUUUCAGAAGUUAGAACUAGUCUUUAUUAAUUAUUCAUAUGACAUAUAUAUACGAUACAUGUAUAUGUGUGUAAUAAUGUGUGUAUAUAUUUGUAUGGUUCAGAUGAUUGACAUUUGUUUGUAUAUCUAUGUUAAUUAUAGCUCUGAUACUCAGAACUCUUGUACUCAUUAGAUCAAUUUGUUGUUAGAAUCUAUGUCACAAUGAAGGAUUUGUUAACCUUUAUCAUACAUUAUGCUUGCAUACUCUGGAAUUUGGAAUUCUUAUUGAUGAUGUUUUUUUCUUAUUUUGAAAGAUGAAAUAUGAAUACAUUCUAGAUAUGAACAAAUUUUGUGUACAAAAACAAAAUACUAAUCGGAAAGAAUUUAGUAAAAAAAACAAAAAAAGAAGUUUAAGGUAACUUACCACAAAUUAAGAGUACAAAAUGUAAAUGUGUGAAAAGCAUGGCUGUAAUUUCAUGUGUCAUCUUGCCUUCCAGAGAUGACAAUUAUGACAUGAUCCAUUUUGUGUGUCAUUGACCUUAGUCUAUCACAUGUUUUAUUAUCUGAAACUCUCAACAAAAACAAAAUAAACUUGAACUUACAUAGGAGAAUAGUAUUGUGCCAUCUUUUUCAUUUCAUUCAUUUUGUAGGGUUUCCCCAUAACCAAACAAGGGCUGUUGCAUGUUUCUUAAUGAGGAUACGAGCACUUGUUUGAAAACAUCUGAGGUUUCCUAUCUUUUAGAAAUUGAAAACAUCAUAUUGAUAAAUGUUAUCACCCAUCAUUGAAAGCCAUUAUUAUUUUUUUCAAAGGUUCGCAUAUUUUUGUAUCCAUACUUGUAACAUAGAUUCUAACACCAGCCUAAGAAUGCACAUUUACACAUCACCAGUAAAUUCAUUUAGCAGUAUUAGUAAUAAUAACUUCCAAAAUGUCUAAACAUGGAAUAGUGUUUUGAACAUACAGGGUACACAUAGAAUCUAGUUAAUCCAUCAUGAUAAGUGAAAACUAAUUCUGGAAUUUUAAAAGCAAACUACUGGUAUCUAAUUGUAAAAGAUAUUUUUAGUCAAAAUGAUGAUUCGAAGCAUAAUAUUGCCUUAUAAAUGGCUGAAGUAUAAAAUACCAUUUCACUCUUUAUUAAAGGUUUUGUGUAUAACUACUGGUAAAAUUAAGGGAUUUAAAAUAUCCAAUUCUUUUAGAUAUUUUGUAUGUACAAUGCAGGACAAUUUUUUUUCUUUGACUAGUUUAACUUAUCAAAUCACUCAAAACUGACAAAAAAAUGUUAUGAUAGGGCAUUGUGUUGAGAUAUAUGAGUUUAGAAUGUUUUCACUUGGAAUUGUUGGAUUUCUAAGAUAACUAACUGCUUUGCAAUUAUUUGCUUUUACCAAAUUUAUACAUUUUGGGUAAUUGCACAUUAAUAAUACAUAUUAGUGCUAUAAGAAUACACUAUUAUAAACAUUUUAUACCUAUAUAUAGAAAGAAAAUUUAUGUGUGUAAAUGUACCAUAAUAGGUAAAAUAAUAAUUUGAAAAUGCUUGUUUGUAUGUGUAAUAUCUAGUUUUUGGUUUGAUAUUUGUUAUGUCUAUUCUUAUUUGCAUGUUAUGUUUAGUUGCAUAAUGCAUUUACUGUUUGGCUUUUUCCCUCCAAGCUGUUCUCAACAUUCAGCAUAUUCUAAUAUAUAUUUAACAAACAAAUAGCAACACACUCAAAAGCAUAAUUUAGAGUUGCAAAGUAAACAAACAAUGACUGUCCAGGAAUGUUUAAACUGAAUGACCUAAGACCAGAAAUAUUUACAGUAUAAAAUGUUGCUACAAUCCAGUGUUAAUCAAAAUUAUAUACGUCUCCAUUAUUUUUCUUUAUGGCAUGAAAUAACUUUGAAUUGUUUUCAAGCAAAUUAAGAUGUACAAAUUUAUUCAUAAUUAGUGCUUGUCUUGAAAGUUAAUGGAAGUUGUUUUUGUAGAAUUGUAUAUAUAUAUGCUGAUACUCAAAUCUGCAUAGAAUCUUUGUUCAAAUUCUAUGACACAAUUUAAUUUAACUGUUUAUUGGAUAAGACAUAACUUGAAAGCCAAAAUAUAUUCUCUAUCUACAGCCAAUAGUAUUCCUUAGCAAUUUGGAAUCUUUAUCAUAGCUCAAACCUCUUUUUCAAUAUCUUAUAAAGAAAAAUAUUUCUGUCUCUCGUAGGAAAUUUUAGGAUUUCAUGAAAUGAUAUAUUUUAUUAUCAGUGGUACAAAAAAUGUAUUAAGAACUAUUAUCAGGCAUUUAUCUUUGUCUGAUGUUACAAGUUCUGUAUGUAUUUUUGUUAUUUAAUUGCAAAUCCAAACCAAAAAAUAAACAAUUCAGUCUAUAAUAA